AUGUGGAUAAAUGCUUCAUCUGGGCUGAAAGUCGCAUCAAACAAGACCAGCACAUCUCCCACGUCAUCGAUCAACCUGGCUGCCCCGCAGAUACUACGACGGCUACUGCGGACCCCACGUCGAGGUCUGUCUCCCAUCGUCAAGCUGGCUCCCCGAGAUCGCUUGAGUCUCAUCUCGAGACACCUCAACACCAAUGCCCACGUCCCCUUGAACACGCCCUUUUCCAUCGAACGCGACAGCAGUCCCAACGACGACCUCGACUGGACUCCCAUACAAAAGGCUACGCAGAAUCCGCUCCAGCAACAACAGACGAGAUCGUUUUCAGAGACACGAGAAGUUUCGUUAGGAGAAGAGGGAAAGAGAGACAAGCCUGCUGCUAUCAAGAUGUCGAACCAGGCUCCUCACCCAGCGUUGCUGAUUCCAGGCCCGAUCGAGUUCGAUGAUGAGGUCCUUCAGGCUAUGAGCCACUACUCGGAGAGCCACGUUGGCAUGCCUUUCGUGAACCUCUUUGGCGACACACUGAGUAUGCUACGGAAACUCUUCCAGACGACAGACCCGAAGAGCCAACCUUUCGUCAUUUCUGGCUCGGGCACGUUGGGCUGGGACCAGGUAGCGGCCAACAUGGUCGAACCAGGUGACGAAGUGCUAGUCCUCCACACAGGCUACUUCGCCGACAGCUUCGCAGACUGUUUCGAAGCCUACGGAGUAAAAGUCACACAACUGAAAGCACCCAUCGGUGACCGACCGCAACAAGACGAAGUAGAAAAGGCGCUAAAGGAGAAGAACUACAAGCUCAUAACCAUUACCCACACCGAUACCUCCACCGGCGUCCUCAGCGAAAUCGAGGGCAUCACCAAGCUCGUCCAACGCGUAUCGCCAGAUACGCACAUAGUCGUCGAUGGCGUCUGCUCCGUCGGCUGCGAAGAGAUCCGUUUCGAUGACUGGGGUAUCGACUGCGUCAUCACCGCCUCUCAGAAAGCCAUCGGUUGUCCCGCCGGUCUAUCCAUCGUCAUGACUUCCGGCCGUGCAAUCGAGCGUUUCAAGGCGAGAAAGACACCGCCAGCGACGUACUUUGCGAGCUGGAAAAAUUGGAUGCCCAUCAUGCAGAAUUAUGAGGCCAAGAAGCCUUCAUACUUCGCCACUCCUUCGCCUCAACUCAUCCACGCUCUGCACACCUCACUCUCGCAAAUUCUGUCAAAGCCGCUCGAAGAGCGUUUCAAGAUCCACCGCGAAGCCUCCCAGAAAGUCAAGAAAGCCAUUGCGGAUCUCGGACUGAAACAACUGGCUUCCAAGCCCGAGAACCAGGCUAAUGGCAUGACUGCCAUCUACCUUCCAGAGGGCAUGACACCUCCAGAGAUCUUGCCUACGCUGAUGAAGAAGGGUGUCAUUUUUGCUGGUGGGCUGCAUAAGGAGAUUGCGACCAAGUAUGUGAGGUUUGGACAUAUGGGUGUCAGUGUUACGGAUCCGAAGAGGGAUGAUAUUGAUCGGGCGCUGAAGGCGCUGAAGGACGGGUUGACGGAGGUUGGGUAUAAGGGGGCUAAUGGCGGUGCAUGA